AUGACUAAACUGAGGUGGAUCUCGACACGUGAGAGAUUAGCAGGUAUAAAUGCUAAAAAAUGCGAAUGGUCAACUAUCAAAAAUGAAACAUUUCUUGUGUUCCGAGAGAUUGCUAUCAAAGAACUACUGCCAGUACAGUGUAAAAUCGAAAUCAUUGAAAGCAGCGCCUUCGAACCUUUGGUCUCUCUGGAAGUGCUGGACUUGAGUUUUAACCCGUAUCUUGGGCUAAGUGUCGCAUUUCAGUCUCUGGCAGGUCUACGGUUGAACAUGUUGGCCAUCAACAUGAGGAUGGUAAACGAGCGUUUUACACGUUACAAGUUGGAGGACAGCGAUUUUAUGUAUAUUAGCAAAAUAUGUGUGAGGUCAGUGGACCUAUCCCAGAAUAACAUUUACUAUGAACAAAAGAGGGUAUUCAUUCCUGUAAAAUUUCGCCUUGAUUGCCUCGAAAACCUCAACAUGUCAUACCACACGUUCAAUUUCUGGCCGUCAAAAAUGUUGGAGGAACUGAGACAUAGCACAAGUCUAACGUGUCUUGAUUUCAGCCAUGUCGGGUCUGGCUUCCAAAAACUCAGUGAUGGGUUGCAGACUUCCGUACAAUUUACACCUUGCUUUGUUCUACCUCCAAAUCUGACAUGGUUUAGUAUCAGCUGCUGUAAAGUUUGGAUUGAUUGGUGGUACGAUCUGUGUUUUGGAUCGCCGACUAAACUGCGAUACUUGGGGUUUGCAAACUUGGGUUUGAUGGAACUGGAUAAAAUAGUAAGCCCGUUUGUUUCGAUGACAAACCUGCAAGUGAUCGAUCUCUCCAGUAACAUGCUCACCGAUUUGAGCCUAGAACUUUUCCGUGAAACACAGAACCUGAUGGAUGUUAACUUGGCAGAUAAUAAACUCGAUCGAUUACCUCUAGCCCUAUCACACCUCAAUGGACUACGAAAACUUAACAUGUCACUCAAUCUAAUCGUUUAUUUUCAAUCAGACGAAAUAAAACUAGUGGAGAACCUGAUAUCAAGAGAGGAUAAAGAGCCUCGCUUACAAAUAAUGCUGAGCAACAAUCCAUUGCAGUGCAACUGUGAGACGCUUGUGUUCAUUGGAUGGCUUUUUCGGAGAGCGGAAAUCUUCGAUAAUGUGGACAAAUACAAGUGUUCCUUAUCAAACGGAACACGCCUUUUCCUGAAAGAUUUCCGGUUACAUUUAACGGACUUUGAGGUGAAAUGCAUAAGCAAUACUUAUCUCAUAAUAUCUGUGGUUGGUAUUUUGACCGUACUUGUCGUCGUUUUGCUUUUGGUGGUGAUACAUCGUUACCGAUUAAACCUCAGAUACUGGCUGUGUACUAAACUGAUGCCCCCAGAAAACAUGUUUGUUGACCAGGAGUACCUCUACGACGCCUUUGUGGCUUAUACCUCUGACGAGUAUGAAUGGGUCGGUCAACAGUUACGUCCAAAACUUGAAUUGGUGGAGGAUCCUGUCCGGCUCUGUAUUCACGACAGGGAUUUCAUUCCCGGAAAACCCAUUCAUGAAAACAUCGUGCAAAAAAUGAAGGAGAGUCGAAAGAUUUUGUUGAUCAUUAGUCCCGGAUUUCUGGAUUCCACAUACGGUCCACUUGAAAUCGAGUACGCCGGCAUGAAAUGUCUGGAGGAAGGCAGGGACGACGUCAUCAUCUGCGUGCUGAUGGAGGACAUUCCAGUUCGUCAGAUGCCGAGGGCGCUGAGAAAUCUCUGGCACAAGAUCACCUUCCUUAAGUGGAGUGCUAAUCUGGAGGCACAGGCCAUUUUCUGGCGGAACCUCAAAGGUGCUGUCAGCCAAGCCUAA